AGAUUCAGGCAGGCGCUUGAGGGACGUAACUUCCUCGGUGCACAUCAACCGACAACGCUCUGGUUCUUGGUUCUUUGGUUGACAUACUUGAAGAGACAAAAAAAAACCGUCGUACUUGUACGAAGUAGCAGUGUAUCUACCUACCUACUUACAAGACCCAAGGAAGAGAAGAGAAACCUGUGACGUAUCCGUCGCUACCACAGCAAUGACAGAAUCUCAACGUGCCCGUCGUGGAUCCAUCGUCGCCAUUGCAGAGCAACGGCAGAACCUCGCAUCGCUCGAUUCGUCCAUUCUCGACCGCCUGCCCGCCUAUUCGGCCACCCUCUUCGAGGCCAAGACGCAGAAGCGGCUCACGUUCGAGGCCAUCGCCGAGUACCUGGGCCGCAGCGAGGUGGCCGUGGCGGCCAUCUUCUACGGGCAGGCGCGCGCGUCGCCGGAGGACGUGGACAAGCUGGUGCGGCUGCUCGGCCUGUCGGCCGAGUCCAACGUGGCGGCCCAGAUGAUGGGCUUCCCGGACCGCGGGCGCGCCGGGCCCAUGCCGCCCGUCGAGCCGCUCAUCUACCGCCUGUACGAGAUCGUGCAGAACUACGGGUACGCCUUCAAGGCCGUCAUCAACGAGAAGUUUGGCGACGGCAUCAUGAGCGCCAUCUGCUUCAACAGCAAGGUCGAGAAGGAAGUGGACGAGACUGGCACGCCGUGGGUUGUGAUCACUCUCAAGGGGAAAUGGCUUCCAUUCAGCCGGUUCUAGGUCCCAGGCCGCGGUGGUGGAUGUUCAGAUUCCGGCCAAACAUUGGGUGACAUCA